GUUGAAAUUCAUCGAUAUUACUCUUCAAAGAUGGUAUCAACAACAAAGUCACGUAUUCUAAUAUUUUUGAUCCUGUUAAAUUUUUUAUUCACAAUAUCAUUAGUUGAAGCAAACCAUGAUAGUGAUAAUGUUUCAAAAAACAAUAAAAUUAUUUUACGUGGUUCCUCGAUGAUAGAUUCAUUAAAAUCAAGGUCGGUUCUUACACGCAAGGAUUUAUUAGUUGAUUUUACAAAGUCAAAAAAUUCGGAUCAAGAACAUAAUAAUGUAAGGAAGAAACGCGCAGAGGGAGAAGAUGAAAAGGGGAAAGAAAUAGAGAAAGGAAAGGAGGAUGGUAAAGUAAAAGGAAAAGGAAAGGAGGAUGGUAAAGAAAAAGAACAGGAAAAGGAGAAGGAGAAAGAAAAAGAACAAGAAAAGGUGAAGGAGAAGGAAGAGAACAAAGAACAAGAAAAGGUGAAGGAGAAGGAAGAGAACAAAGAACAAAAAAAGGGGAAAGAAAAAGAAAAAGAAAAGGAGGAUGGUAAAGAAAAAGAACAGGAGAAGGAGAAGGUGAAGGAAAAAGAACAAGAAAAGGUGAAGGAGAAGGAAGAGAACAAAGAACAAGAAAAGGUGAAAGAGAAAGAAAAAGGAAAUGAGGAUGGUAAAGAAAAAGAACAGAAGGAGAAGGUGAAGGUGAAGGAAAAAGAACAAGAAAAGGUGAAGGAAAAGGAAGAGAACAAAGAACAAGAAAAGGGGAAAGAAAAAGAAAAAGAAAAGGAGGAUGGUAAAGAAAAAGAACAGGAGAAGGAGGAUGGUAAAGAAAAAGAACAGGAGAAGGAGGAUGGUAAAGAAAAAGAACAGGAGAAGGAGAAUGAGAAAGAAAAAGAACAGGAAAAGGAGGAUGGUAAAGAAAAAGAACGGGAGAAGGAGGAUGGUAAAGAAAAAGAACAGGAGAAGGAGAAGGAGAAAGAAAAAGAACAGGAGAAGGAGAAGGAAGAGAACAAAGAACAAGAAAAGGAGAAGGAGAAUGCUAAUGAACAAGAAAAGGAGAAGGAGAAAGACAAAGAACAAGAAAAG